UGGGAAUUCAAUAACUUCGAUCUUCUUCUUCAUCUCUCUCUUCAACCUGAGGAGGUGUUCGGAGCACCUCUUCGGAUCUCAAUUUCGAGUCUGCCCUCCUCCUUCUGUUGCGAUCAGAUUCAAUGGCGUCCGAGAUCUUCAACGACAAGAAUGCUGUGUUCAAGAAGCUGAAGGCCAAGUCGGAGAACAAGAUGUGCUUCGAUUGUAAUGCAAAGAACCCAACUUGGGCUUCGGUUACGUAUGGUAUCUUCCUCUGCAUUGAUUGCUCAGCCGUUCAUCGGAGUCUGGGAGUUCAUAUCAGCUUUGUUAGAUCUACGAACUUAGAUUCAUGGACCCCAGAACAGCUGAGAACAAUGACCUUUGGGGGAAACAAUCGUGCACAGGUUUUCUUUAAACAGCAUGGAUGGACAGAUGGAGGCAAAAUUGAGGCCAAAUAUACAUCACGAGCUGCCGAGCUAUAUAGGCAGAUACUUUCCAAAGAAGUAGCAAAAAGUAUGGCAGAAGACGCAGGUCUUCCAUCAUCGCCUGUUGCGUCUCAGUCGGGACAAGCAUCUAAUGGGCUUCCUGAUGUUAAGACCAGUGAGGUGAUAAAAGAAAAGCCCAUAGCAAAGCAAGAAACACCGGAAGUUUCUGCUUCCCCGAAAGCCCCCCAUGUAUUUGUUACCAGUACCAUUAAGAAGCCCCUUGGUGCUAAGAAAAUUGUGAAAACUGGGGGACUUGGUGCUCGCAAACUUACUACAAAGCCAAAUGAAAGUCUGUAUGAUCAGAAACCUGAAGAACCAGUUAUCCCAGUUGUUUCCUCAACCAAGAGCACUGCACCAGCUGUCACACCCCUGGCUUCUCGAUUCGAGUAUGUAGAAGCUCUUCAAUCUACUGAUAGUGGCCAUCAGGUACCUGGCCAUGUUACUGCACCCAAGUCAUCAAAUUUCUUUGCGGAUUUCGGAAUGGACAGCAGUUAUCCCAAGAGAACUAGUUCAAACUCCUCAAAAGUGCAAAUUCAGGAAACUGACGAGGCAAGGAAAAAAUUUACAAAUGCAAAAUCUAUAUCUUCUGCGCAAUAUUUUGGUGAUCAGAGCAAAUCUGCUGAUGUUGAAGCUCAAGCCUCCUUGCAGAAGUUCUCUGGUUCUGCGGCCAUCUCCAGUGCUGACCUCUUCGGUGACAGAGGAGAUAUCCCUAUUGAUCUAACUGCGAGUGACCUUAUUAACCGUUUAUCUUUUCAGGCGCAGCAGGAUAUCUCCUCUUUAAAAAAUAUUGCAGGAGAGACAGGGAAGAAGCUUAGCUCCUUGGCAUCCAAUUUAAUGACGGAUCUUCAGGACAGAAUCCUCUAAUUUUGAUACGCUCUGGGUUCCUUUGUUCAUGUAUCAAUCCUUUAUCUAUAUGUAGUGAUUGUAAAGAAGAGUUCAUUAAAUUCCUUAAAAACAGAUAAGACUCGUGAAAAUUCUCGAGGCUUAAUAGUGGCUUAUGUUGUAGCACAGAUAUGGGUUUGAGAUCUGAUUUCUAAUCAGUUUGCAAAACCAAACAUAAGUUUUCUGCUUUUUUGUUGAACGAGGGAUGCAACUCUUUUUAAACUUCAAAUUAUCAUUUGUUUUUCCGUAAUAA